AUGCCAACCUUUGGACAGAGGACUGCCACCCAAAUCAUUGAGUCGGUGGCCAGCAAUGCGCCAGGUGAAACGCUGGACUUGACGAAGAAUGCCUCUUUCUGCAUGAAAUCCUUGGAGAACACGAUCGCCCUGUCUGAAGCCUUGAAGAAGAACACGGUCAUUAAGACUCUCGUGCUGCGGGAGUGCGAGAUCACCGAUGCUGGAGCUGAGGCGCUGGGUCAGGCCUUGGCUGAAAACCAAACCAUUGAGGACCUGGAUCUACAGCAGAAUCAUUUGUCCAAUGCUGGGGUCAUCUCACUGGCGAAUGGCCUUCGAAGCAACAGGAGUGUGAAGACAUUGAACCUCAUGACUCAGAAUCACAAGCUCAGUGAGGAUGCGCUUGAGGGUUUCAUCAAUAUGUUUCAGAGCAACGUCACCCUGACGAAGCUCAUGUGGAAGGUGGAUUCUCGUCGUGCCUGGGAGCUGUCCAAGCUCAUCACCCGAAACGUGGAGAUCGCCCACCGCGCCCGCACCGGCGGCGAUGCCGACAGCUUGGCUCCACGGCCAGCGCCCACGCCCGUGCCGGCACCAGUGAAGGCGGUGAAAACAGUGACGGCAGAGGUCGAGAAGGGGUCAGCGUAUAAGGCGGAGCAACCGAAGGCGGCGCCAGGCGCCUCCCCUCCUGUGGCACCAGUGGCCCCGGUGACAUCGCCAUGUCCAAGUGCAGGCUUGAUGUCCGUUCGAGGGCAAGGACCUUUGGACCUGCAGCGAUGCAGAUGCCAACCAGUUGCCGCUGGAAGCGGUCGCAGCCCGGCACCGUCGCGAGGUGAUUUCCGUCAGCUGCCUGAUGCAGCUUGGGCCACGAUCCACCAGGGCUUUCAGUGA